AUGUCGGCAUGUUCAAAUUUCAAACAACAUCCCUUUCUACACCACAAAUGCUGUGAAUGCUUUAAGCUAAAAUCAGAGCAUACAAAUGGUGACUUUCCGCCAUCGAUUUCCCCAGGUCCGCGUCAAGAGACUGUCCUUGCUCCGUGCCCACCACCUGUCCCCGUUCGACCUCAACCGGUGAACCCUUUUCCGCAUCCACCGACUGUUCCUGUUCAACCUCAAUUAGUGAACCCUUUUCCGUGUCCACCGACUGUUCCUGUUCAACCUCAACCGGUGAACCCUUAUUGUCCAAUGCGGCGUGUUUUAUUUGUUGGACCUACGGGUGUUGGCAAAUCGACUGUAAUAAACAUAUUAAUGAAUAAUGAUACGCAACGCCAUCAUUUAUCACAACCCGCUGGAACGAAUGACAGUUCAAGUGGGGAAACUAGAUUUUUUACUACGUACUAUGACAUUCCAAAAUAUGGGUAUACAGAUACAAUUGGAUUGGGAGAUAAUCGUUUUAAGAAUGCAGAUAUCCAAGCCUCAUUGAAACUGGUCCUAACGGAAGCUUCAAUCGGUUACAAUAAGGUUUAUAUAUGUCUGAAAUAUGGUAGAAUAUCUAAGGAGGUGCGCCACUAUAUUGAUAUGAUUACCACUUUGUUUGGUAAGGGUGCAUUAAAAUGGACCUCAAUCAUAUUCACUGAUUGCCCAGAUCAAAAUAUGACAAAAGAAAGUUAUAUAAGUAAAAAUCAAGAAGAUACAGAUUUUGUCAAAACUGUACAAAGCAUGAGGACGAUUAUAUUCGGUGACAAUAGAAGUGAUGAAGAUACAAUGAUUGACCAGCGUUUGUAUGCAAGACGGAAGACAUUUCUGAGACGGAUUAGCGAGGACAUCGAUCAACAGUCUCAAAAAGAAUAUUUCGUAUUAAGAAAGGAUGGCUUGAUAUCACGAUUGAGAAAUGUCUUUAAUAUGGGGCGUUCACCUCGAAGAUCAAUUAAUAUUGCCAACGAAAUCAAGGAGUUUGCUAAAGCAGUGUCUGCUGCCAGACAAGACAAGAAAUAUAACUAUUAUUUUGGAGAAUGCUCAAUCUGCACAGAAGAUCUUACAGGCAAUGGGAAACCAGUAAUAACGCUUUGCUGUCACGUUUACCAUGAAGCCUGCUUAAAGGAAUGGCUUCAUAGACAGAGUAACGGUAAUUGUCCAGUGUGUCGCACGACGCUCGACAGUCGUGAAAAUGCAUCUUUCAUAUAUUUAACAGACGAUACAUAA